GCGCAACAUGUUCGCUCUGAAAUAUUUCGUUCUGCUGCUGAUCCAGGCUAUUCUUCUGGUGCUUUCAGUUGACUCUGCGGUUUUAGGUUGCCAAUCGGAUGAGAAACUCGCCAGAUUGGACAGGUGCCCCGCAUUGUAUAACAGUUCUCUGUCUAAGAGGAUCAGAACGGAAUACGGCAUCGAUGUCAGGAGGAUCCCGCUGUGGAAUCAAUGGAUCUGCUGUCCCAAGCCUGGUAAUGAGCUGCCAGAUACGGAUGUCUGCGGCCAGUCUCCAGCCUUUUUUCGAAUCAAGAAUGGCACACAGGCGCAGCCCAAUGGGUUUCCAUGGAUGGCCAUGCUGAUUUAUAAAAAUGAUACAUCCUUGAUAUUUGAGUCGUCGUGUGCGGGAUCUCUGAUUAACCAUCGUUAUGUUUUGACUGCAGCCCACUGUGUUUCUAAUAUGCCGGAUUACUAUUCGUUAGAAUUUGUCCGCUUGGGCGAGCAUGACAUUACCUACAACCCUAUCAAUAAAAUUUAUCGGGAUGUCAACGUGGAGGAAAUUAUUCCUUAUCAGGCUGACUCACGGCCCUAUAGGGUCGAAAUUACACCGAUUUGUGUUUUGGAAAACCCUUACAUUGCGCCGAAUUUUGUAAUAGCCGGAUGGGGAAAGAUGGAAAAUGGUGAACAUAGCAAUGUGCUGAUGCGUGGCAAUAUCAUGAAAACGAAUUCGGAAAAAUGUAAAAGAAGGUAUAUAAUCGAAGGGUUCAACGACAGUGUUCAAAUAUGUGCUGGUGGACAAACUGGCGUGGACACAUGUACGGGCGAUUCCGGAUCACCUCUGAUGGCCAGCAAAGGACGUAUGGACAAGGACUAUACAUAUGUAGCCGGAAUCACAUCAUUGGGAAGUACCAAAUGCGGAAAAAUUGGCACUCCAAGUGUUUACACAAGAACUUCAGCCUUCUUUGACUGGAUUGUAUCAAAUUUAAGGCUUUAAUAC